AUGAGGCCCUUCGCCGUCUCUGACCAUGUCGCACUCAAACACGACUUCAGCCUGUAUGGCCACAUUCAGCGCAGUCACACUGAAUCAAAUGCGCCUUUCGGAACCGACGACUUGAUUAUAGCCCAUGUCGAAGUCCCAUCCGAAGUCAUCAACGAAUUUAUCGCCACUAGCUAUCCCCCAGAAGGAUAUUUCUACGUCGAAUUUGCUAAUCCUGCAGCUGGCUGCUCUAUUGUCAGUGAGAAUGACAUUGUCCUCGUCAGUCGAGCCUUUCGGUUGGGCGACAACGUCAAGCAAGAUGGAAGCUCCAUGACUGGCACAGUGAUCGAUUUGUCAGAGACUUACAUCCUUGAACCUGUCUUCCCGAAAGACUCCUCAAAGCCUCCGACCUGUUCGGAAACCUGUCCGUCAACCCUGCCCGAGCGCUUCGCACACCCAAACCCACACACCCUCCUCUACGAUGUCCCUGCGAGAGAGGUCAAAAGAGUACAGGAUGUCAUGCCAGAGGACUGCAUAAUAUAUAAUAACUGGGUCGGAGUGGUGGAAGACGUGGAAUACGACGCCGUGAUUAGGCUUGCAGACUCGUCCAUCGUGGUCAUCUAUACCUCCCUUGGCCUGCAUAUCCCCAUUCCUGACUGCCAGAAGUCUGUCAUUGCAUUUCCUGAAUCCAACGGGUUCUGGCACCCUGAUAUUCUGGGGUCCACUCAAGGUUGGCCAAGCACUAUCCCGGUUUUAAAGGCCCAGCGCGGCGACUUUGUCAUCGUGGAUCGUCAUUCUCUACGGUCAGGAAGAUGGUUAUCUGGCUCAUUUAGUCCGAAGACUCCUUCUGAAGGAAUCGUCCUUGAUUGCCGAGCUCAUGAUAUCAUGGUCGAUUGGAUUUCUACCAGCCUUCGCCGGGGAGAUCCGCCUGACGCAGCAACAGCGCCCAGAUCGGAGAUAUCUAUCUACGAGGACAUCCAGACUUUCCGUGAUUUUCCGGAUUUGCGUCUGAAGAAGGAGGUCAUGAUCUACGACACCGGUAGGAUGCCUAGUCGACCUAUUGAGCAACGCUCAGUCGGUAUUGAAGCUGGUUCUGCCUAUAAUCAGCCGGCCUAUCACGAAGCCCACAACAGCCGAGAGAGCUAUUCAGGGCAGGAACUGGAAAUUGGCAUGCGGGUCAAGUUCCGAGACCCUUCUGCAGCUGCGAUAAAAUACCAAGGAGUCGAGGGGACUUCACAUGGCCAGCUUCUACAUGUAACCAACCAUGCAUCUCGCGACUGGAAUGUGAACGAGUACAAGGUUGUUCACAUGCGACAGGUCACAGCUGUCAUGUGGCAAGACGGCAGUGUCACUACGGUGGACUCAACAUCGUUGACGAACUUUGCUCUCUUCGAAACUGAAAUCCUUCCCACAGAAAUUGUGUUGAAAAGAGAAGGCAUGCGGCAAAGACCGGUCAACCUGAAGGGAAAGGCGAAUGGCGCCGCAAAAGACUUUGACGAAAUGACGUUCUUUGAGCGACCUCAUGAUCUAUUGCCGGCCGGUGUAGGUGUGGUCCAGUCAGUUGAUCCCACCGAGAAAGUUGCUCGUGUGCGGUGGUACAAAGAACCCAAAAUUGAACUGCGGGCACCAGACCAAACUCUCGCACCGGGCUCACGGUUUGGCGCCAUGGGAGAUAAGGUCGAGGACGUGUCUCUUUUCGAAAUCAUGUGCUUCCCUUCCUUGUUGAGGCAACCGAGUCAGAUGUGUGUGUUGACAGCUCCAGGCCAGCUCAAAGUCUCGCAUGAUGAGCUCCCCGGACCAUCGCUGCAGGACCCCGGCAGGAUAGCCUCAAUUGUUGCGAUGACUGCAGAUCCAAGCAUGAAUGAAGGUUUUCGGUCGCAAGGUUCCCAGGCUUCUCCUUUGUCAACGGCAACUACCACAAGAGAUCAAGGAAAAACCGCAAGACAAUUUGACUGGAUUGGCCAAAUAGUCUCGUUGGGACUCGAUGGCUCCAUCACUGCCCGUUUGGGAGCAGCAGAACCUUGCCGGGACGUAGUGAUUGAUGCCGACGGGGUCAUUGCUGUCCUCGACAACCACCAGCAUCCGGUCGCCGACCCCUCAACUGUCAGCUUUAUGGACCUUGACACCUGGAGUGAAAGUGGCUCCGCCUAUUCGAUGGGAACCCCAUGGCCUGUAGAGGAGACGGUGGAGUACGAAGGCGGGGAGCGUCUGGACAAUGACAGCGGCGAUGAGAAUUGGGUGUCGGAUGAGGACCCGGCAUUCGAAGAUGCCGAAGAAGAACUGCCUGACAAAGGCACAGAUCUGGAGAGGUUCAAUGCUGGAGACCAACAAGGCGAUUCAGCACAAUCACGGCGGUCACUGUUUCAGCUGAAGAAAGUGCUCGGAUCUGAAUCACCAGCGCAAUUUCUUGUGCUUGACCGGGAGCCCCCUUCUGAUCAGUUCGGGCUUCAUAAUGCCCCGACAGCUCCCGGACUUAAACGUAUCCUCAAAGAACACCAGAUAUUGGCGACGUCACUUCCCGAGGGUGAGAUCUAUGUUCGCACCUACGAGAGUCGAAUCGACCUCCUGCGGUGCCUCAUCAUUGGACCGAGAGAUACGCCUUAUGAGAAUGCUCCCUUUUUGAUCGACCUGUGCUUGCCUGCGAAAUAUCCUGAGGAACCUCCUUUAGCCCACUUUCACAGUUGGACCAGUGGGCUUGGUCGCAUCAACCCCAACCUUUACGAAGAAGGCAAGAUCUGUUUGAGCUUGUUAGGAACCUGGUCUGGGAAGCAGGAAAGCGAGAGAUGGAGCAACAAAGCGACGUUGCUUCAAGUGCUCGUUUCAUUGCAAGGGUUGGUAUUUGUCAAGCGGCCGUUCUACAACGAGGCAGGAUUUGAAGGAUACGAGCAUGACAAUGCAUACAAAACGGAAUCAGACUCUUACAGUGAAAGGGCUUUUGUCAUGUCCAGAGGCUUUGUGAAGAGCGCUCUGCUCCGGCCUCCGGGAGGGUUGGAGGACAUACUCGCUUGGUUAUAUCUGCCGCACGACAUCUCGGACCCGCCUAAAAGUCUGCUCGUCACCAUUAUUGAGCGAGGAAGUCUAUUGUUGCAAAGAUCUGAGGAGGCUCGAUCCAAGCAAGACGACUCAUACGUCGACUCGGCAGGUGCAAAGGACGACGAGACCAAAGUGUUCUUGAAGCCGAUGAGUCGCGGCGCUAGUGUUAUGCUGAGGAGAUUGAUUGGUGAAUUGCAGACACAGCUCGACCGAUCUUUGGCAGAGAAGAUGAAUUAA